AUUUUUCACACAUUUCCUAUCAUUUUCAGAUAAUUUGUUCAUUUUUCGCAGGGAAUAUCGGUCUCCACGGGUUAAACAAUGUCGAAGGCGGAAUUAGCCGUUCUGGAGAGACGUCUCCGUCCGAUAUAUGAUAGUCUGGACAGCCAACAGUUCAAAAAGGCUUUGUCAGAUUGUGAUAAGGUUCUCAAGAAGCACCCAAAUACCAGUGCGGCUAAGGUAUUGAAAGCUUUGACACUUAUACGGCUCGAAAAAUUAGCAGACGCAACUGAGAUUUUGGAAGCAUUAGAUGUUCCAGGAGCGCAUCACGAUGAACUUACUCUUCAAGCGUUUGUUCAUUGCUACAGGGACAGCAACCAGCAUAUGAAAGUGGUUACUCUCUAUGAGAGAAUCAUCCAGGUUGAUCCCUCCGAGCAUAAUCUCACGCAACUCUUCAUGGCAUACUCCAGAGAAAAAAUGUACAAGGAACAACAAAAAAUAGGAAUGCGCCUCUAUAAGGAUUUCGGAAAUGCUCCGUACUAUUUUUGGAGCGUCAUGUCAUUAAUUAUGCAGGCUCAAGAGAAUCCAGAGUUAGGAAAGAAAAUGCUUCUCCCUUUGGCAGACAAAAUGUGCCAAACACAAGUAGAAAAAUCCGGAUAUACAGAAGGAUCGUCUGCUGAGCUCGAUUUACAGCUGCUCAUCCUAGAAGGACAGGAAAAAUGGAAGGAAUGUGCUGCAUUCCUUGACAGACCUCAAGCUUCUGUUCUUCCAAUGGCUCCGUAUAACUUGGUGGAAAAGGGAAUGGACUUUUUGAUGAAAGAUAAACAAUAUAAACGAGUUGAUCAAUUGGCAAUGGAAGCAGUUACGAAAAUGCCUGAUAACUGGAAUCUUUGGAAGAUAAUCACCGAGUCGACAAUCUGCCAAAUUGAACAAUGUCUCGAAUCGGAUAACAAAGAAAAUAUCGAAUUAGCUCAUAAUUUCGUGAAAAGACUCGGAUUGCUAAUCGAAAAAGUUCAAAAACAAGUCGGAUAUAAAUCUCGUGCUCCAUUUAUUGCUACGUUUUUCGCCUAUAAACAGAUAGGGAAAUUGACAAAACAAAUUCCUGACAUGGAUGAUAUGACAUCAAUUUUCGGAGAACAAGUUGAUAAAAUGCUCGAAUACGCGAAGAACUUUUACAAGAAGCCCGUUUGCUUUGCAGAUCUUCAAAUGUUCUUCUGUGACUUAACAAGCGAGCAAAAGAGCAACUUUCUGAAAGGAAUCGAUUUAUGGAUUGGUGAAGUUUCUGCAAAAGAUGAUGUGGAAGGAGAUGAGUCAAAAGUGUGGGCUAUCAUUCUAACAGAACGCUGUCGUCGAGCUCUUGGAGAAUAUGAAAAAAUGGAUGCUGCAGGUCAUAGAUCUCUAUUCCAGCAAUGCAUUGCACAAAUCGCCGCGCCUGAAAGAACAGAACACGCUCAAGGUGUUCUCUGCAAUUUGACGGUUUCUCAUCUUUGGGACGCUUAUCGCAAAGAAAAUGAUCUUACAAAGUUCUACGAAAUGAUCUUGCUCCUUGAAUUCGUGGCCGCCUCCAAUAAAACCGACCCAAUGUGCAAGCUUGCAUUGAUUAGAGCAUAUUCUGCCCUUUGCGCCACCGGAAGGAUUUCAGCUCUCGUGAAGACGCUCGACAUAAAAGUAAUUCAAAUGGAUACACUUGGUCAUUUGACAUUCCCAGUUUAUGAAACUUCUGGAAGAUUCAACCUUGCCAUCAUUCAAAACACUCAAUUAUCUUUGAUGUACGAGCAAGCAGAGAAAGAGAUUCAAGAUUGCAUCGCGCAAGCUUAUAGAAAUGGAAAAUUCUCUGCAAUUCCUCGAAUGACUGCUGCCAGCAAACACAUGAAACUUUCCGCACAGAAAACUGCCUGCGACGUCAUGAACCGUUAUCUCUCAUCUCUGUUCGUUCUCGACGACGUGGACCAAAUCACAGUAACACUUUGGGGAGAUGAGGAUCCGAUCGGUGAGAAACGCAUCGAUUGGAAGCAGUUGAUUGACACUCGAGACUUCAAUGCCAUCCCGUACACGGAAACUGAGGAAUAUGAAGCUCUUUUAGAUGACAUGAAAAAGCGUACAUUCAAGGAAUUGAUCGACAUUUCGGAACUUCGUAGUACAUUAUGCCGUGCUCUUGGAGCAGUUGGUCGUGUUACUCAUGAAAAUAUGGAACCUCGCCUUGCUCGUCUUCAACUCAAAAUGACUGUUAUGGAAUUCAAGCAACAUCUGGAAUAUUGUUGUAGAGAAUAUCCAUCAUUCCUGAUUCCAUCGAAACUUGCUCAAUCCCCAGCUCCACAUCACUUGUCUCAAUGGGUUCAUUCGGGAGGCCUUCAAAUGGUACUGGAGUAUCUGGAGGCCGCUGUCAAACUUGUCGACAUUUUAGAUUCUGGAGAGCACCCCGAAAAGUCUCUUGUUGGAACUAGAACGGAAAUGGCAACUAAACUUAUUAAACUCAUCGAGAUUCCGCCAAAACGUAAGGAAGGGGAGAAGCUACCUCCGUUUUGGAUUGUAGAUCCAAUAAUCAAGUCAUCAAGAGCACUUCAAACAAUUGCUGCUAUACAAGUUGUGCUCCGGCUCAUUGAGAAAGUUGUGCUGAAAUUGGUAAAAAAUGUUCCAACAGCUGUUCCCGAACCCGUUGGGAAAGGAAAAGGAAAGAAAGACAAGAAAGCUGCUGAAGAGGCAAUGACAAAAGCUCUCGACGAAUGCAAGGCUGUCGUCUUUCUCGAACAUAUAAGAGCGAUGCACGUUGAACUCCGAUCCGCUGGAAACUUCCUUCAUACCUAUCUUGGACAAAUGCUGGCACUUGAAGAUGAGUACAUCCCGAGUAACAUUGGAGAAGAUCUUGGAGGGGCUAAAGCUGCAUUAGAAGGUAUGCAUAAUCCAGUUGCUUCUCGCCUUCAAAGAUCUUUUCUCAAUACAUGUGAAGAUAUGCACACAACUAUCAAAUUAAGAUUCUAAUUUUUUUGUUUCAGAAUAUUUAGACGUUGUUUUUUGUUCAUCUAGGCUCCUUAUUUUUUAGGCUCCUUAUUUAUUAAUUUGUUCUUUUUUUUUUCAAAUUUGUAGUAGCUCCCCGAAUUGUUUGUCCCCAUCUCUAAACAUAAUCAUUUGAGUUCAUCAUCGUUGGAUCUCUACAGAUCAAUCUUUCGCCUUUUCUUUCUUCCCCCGAUGACGUUUUUCUUCCUCCAAAAUACCGAUUUCAACUGUUUUUAUUUCGCCCUCUCACUAUGUUCAUGUUUUUGAAAGAAUAAAUUGCUCUCUGACUUUUU